AUGUCUUCCUCCUCAUCCCCCUCCUCCUCUGCGUCGGCAGCUGCCCACUCAUUCAAUAAAAUUCUCAACCAGUUCAAACACUCUUCGAAGCUUAGGACAGCCCUUGACGUAGAGGACUCUAUUAAGAAGCUAAGGAGGUUGAUUCUAGUCGAUGGGAUUCCUUCGGCCGCAGAUUCAACAUUACGACCUAGAAUAUGGAAGAUUUUACUUCGAGUACAGGAUAUUUCCGCCGAUACCUUCCUCGAGUAUGUUGCACGAGGACCAUGUGAAGUUCGAGAGAAGAUUCGUAACGAUACAUUCAGAACACUAGCCACAGAUCGCGGCUUCAAAGAGAGAGUACGUGAAGACAUGCUCGUUCGUCUGCUGGAUGCUUUUGUAUGGAGAAAUCACGAUAGGCAGGAAACGCAACAGCUUGGGUUCACGUACGUGCAAGGCAUGAACGUACUUGCUGCGCCUUUUUUAUACACAAUGCCCUCAGAGCUGGAGGCCUUUUUCUGUUUUGCAAAGUUUAUCGAGGAAUCGUGUCCGCUUUAUGUUCAGCCUACUCUUGAGGGUGUCCACAGGGGUCUCAAGCUAUUGGAUCGUUGUUUAAAGAUUGUUGACCCGGAGCUAUUCGCUCAUUUACGCUCAAAAAAUCUCUCCGCAGAGAUUUAUGCCUUUCCAUCGGUGUUGACCCUCUGCGCCUGUACCCCUCCGCUUGAUCAAGUUUUACAACUCUGGGAUUUCCUACUCGCGUUUGGUGUGCACCUUAACGUUCUGUGUGUUAUUGCACAGUUGCUCCUUAUGCGAGAUGAAGUCAUGAGCUCGUCGAGUCCUAUGCGACUGUUGCGCACAUUCCCACCCUUGGAGGCAUUGCCCGUCGUUGGCAUCGCAGUUACUCUUGUUCGCGACCUCCCAACCGACCUGUACGACGAACUCGUAAGACAUCCGUUCGCUGUACAGGAGGCAUAA